AUGCCCCCCUCCUUGUCAGAUAGUAUCCCUGUCCUCAUUUCCGGGGCAGGACCCACCGGCCUCACAGCCGCCCUUGUUCUCCUCCGCAACGGAAUCAACGUGCGCAUUAUCGAGAAGCUGUCUGUGUUUCACCCCGGCUCGCGCGGCCCAGGCCUACAACCACGCACGCUCGAGCUCUUCCAUCAGGCCGGGGUGCACGAGAUCAUCAACGCCGCCCAGCCGCCCACUCCGUUUCGAUCGUAUAAGCCUGGCACGAUGGAGCCCGACAAGGGCAUCGUCAUGGGCAAGACGCACGCGCCAACGCCGCACUUCCCCUAUGCAGACAGGGUCGUGCUCGGCCAACACAGAACCGAGCACAUCCUUCGCGAGCACAUUGCAAAAUACGACGUGCACGUCGAGCUCAGUACCGAGCUGCGUUCGUUCGAACAAAACGGGGACUACAUCACUGUGCAGCUCGUUAAGAAGCGACAGGAUAGCGAGGAAGAGACAGCGGAGACAGUGCAAGCACAGUAUCUCAUCGGUGCCGAUGGGGCGCGCAGCGCGGUGCGCAAGGGCCUCGGGUGCACGUUCCUCGGCGAAACGUGCGAUGAUGCGCGGAUUAUCACAGGCGAUAUCCGUUUCGUGGGCGAGGGGCUUACGAGAGACUAUUUCCAUCGGUUUGGGGUUGUUGGGAAGAAGAGCGUGUUCCUUCGCCCGUGCCGCAGCAUCGGCACGAACGAUGACGGAUACCAGCUUGUGAUGGGCGGGGCGGAGAUUGAUGUGUCUGCGACGCUGGCUGGCGGGCAUGAGGCGGUCUACGCAAUCAUCCAGGAGCUCGUGCCGACGAAGUUGGAAUUUAGGGAGCUCAUCUGGGUCGGUGAGUUUAGGCCCAACAUCCGUAUGGCGGACAAGUUCGGCGAGGGGAGGGUGUUCAUUGCUGGCGAUGCUGCACAUCCCACCGGUGGGCAAGGACUUAACUCGAGUGUCCAAGAUGCCUUCAACCUCGCCUGGAAACUCUCCCUCGUUCUCAAACACCUCUCCCCGCCCUCCCUACUCACCACUUACACCACCGAGCGCCACCCCAUCAUCGCCGAAAUGCUCAACAUCACCACCGCAAUCCUCAACCAAGCCGCGCUGGGCUCGGACCGAGCAUGGGAGCACCCCGAGAAACUACGCAUGCUCGGAGUGAACUACCGCGCCUCUCCGCUCGUGCUCGACGAGCUCUCCCCGGCCGUCGACCGCGCGCCGACGCCAGCGUACGGCGAGGCGGACGAGGUGCUCGCAGGCGCGCUCGUUGCGGGUGACAGGGCGCCGGAUGCGCCGGGGGUGGUGGAUGGCGAGGGGCGGGCGUAUAGGAUGUUCGAUAUUCUGCAGCCGGUGAGGCAUACGGUGUUGGUGUUUGCACCUUCGGUCGGGGAAGCGGAGGAUGUUGUGAAGGCGGUUGAGGGUCGGGAGAGCUGGGAGGACAUUGUGCGCGUCGUUAUCGUGGUCCCUAUCGGUGCCUCGAUCAAAGGCACGGAGUCGCUGGGCGGUGUUCUAGUGUUGAGAGACGCAGAUCAGUUCGCGUAUGCGGGGUUCCGCGCGAAGGAGGGAGAUAAGAGGGUGGUGGUUGUGCGUCCAGAUGGGUACAUGGGCGCGGUGGUGAGGGGUGUUGACGGGAUAGAGAGGUACUUUAAAGGGAUCUUUCUUUGA